AUGUCCGCCGCCGCACCUGCCCAGAAGCUUGAGAAGAAGCCCGUCAAGUUCAGCAAUUUGCUGCUUGGCGCUGGCAUGAACAUGUUCGAGGUCACAACCCUCGGCCAGCCGCUGGAGGUCAUGAAGACCACCAUGGCUGCCAAUCGUCAGGACGGCAUGGCAGGCGCGAUUGCUCGCAUCUGGAGCCGUGGUGGCUUCUUUGGCUCAUACACAGUCUACCAGGGUCUCAUCCCAUGGGCCUGGAUCGAAGCCUCCACCAAGGGCGCUGUGCUCCUGUUCGUUGCCUCCGAAGGUGAAUACUACGCCAAGACCUUUGGCGCGGGCAACUUCUCCGCUGGUCUCAUCGGUGGUAUGACCGGUGGUCUCGCGCAGGCAUACGCUACGAUGGGUUUCUGCACGUGCAUGAAGACCGUCGAGAUGACCAAGCACAAGGCUGCCGAGGCAGGCAAGAAGCCCCCGGGCACGAUUGAGAGCUUCAUGGCCAUCUACCGCGCUGAGGGUAUCCGUGGUAUCAACAAGGGUGUCAACGCUGUGGCUGUGAGACAGGUCACCAACUGGGGCUCUCGUUUCGGUCUCAGCAGAAUCGCUGAGAACGGAAUCCGCAGCGUCACGGGCAAGACCGACCCCAAGGAGAAGCUGACUGCUCCAGAGCGCAUCCUCGCCUCUGCCCUUGGUGGUGGUCUCAGCGCGUGGAACCAGCCCAUCGAGGUCGUACGUGUAGAGAUGCAGUCGAAGAAGGACGACCCCAACCGACCCAAGAAGAUGACUGUCGGCAACACCUUCGGCUACAUUUACAAGAACGGCGGUAUCCGUGCCCUCUACCGUGGUGUGGCUCCCCGUAUCGGUCUGAGUGUCUGGCAGACCGUGUGCAUGGUGGCUCUGGCAGAUAUCGCCAAGGAAGCCGUCGAGAAGGUCACCGGCGAGACCGUGACGGCAAAGCACUAG